AACUGAAGAGCAAGUAGGGCCUGGGUCUUUGGGGCGAAAAGGAGCUGUCAUCUUGAGCAUGUGUCUUCAGUGGAAGUGGUGAUAUCCCCGACUGAACGGUUCUGAAUUGUUCCCAUGACUUUCCCACAGCGGUCUCUAAUAUUUUGAAAUUUACAGUAACUUUUAUCUCAGAGUAACCUCCAUGUUACCUCAUUCUACAGUCUCCCGCCUCACUGCAUUUUCCCCAGACUAAAUGGCUAAGUCUAGAGUGAAUGAGAAAAUUUUAAGAUCGCAUGCAUUUAUCCAACAAAACUGAAGAAAUUCUAUGUGACAAGCGCUGUAAUAGGUGCAGAAGAUUCUAUGGAGAGCAAGAGCAGAUAUCAUCACUAUUCUGAUAGACCUUUUGGUCCCUCGGAGAGAAGACAAUCAUAUACGUGACUAAUGUUACAGCUGAGUCCUGGGAAGGGAAGUAUGUCUUUUUUUUGCCAGCAUAUAUAUUGGGAAUGUGAUCUAGAGUGCACUGUCAAAGACUCUUGAGAAAGCUGUGUUGGAGCUAAGAGUUGAUGUCAUUUUUAUAAGAGCUACCACAACACAUUCCCUAAUAUAACUCUUGCAAGAACCUUCUGAGAGGGCAAUGCCAGGAAGCUGGUGAAGGCUCUCCUCUCCUCCACCAUGGUUGACAGCAUCAAAUAUGAAGUGGCCUCCCAGCAAGAGGCUGAUGAUUCUCCUUUGGGCCAUGGGGCCAGCCCAGGAGCCCAGCAGAUAAAGCUGAAGAAGGAGAUCUCACUACUUAAUGGCGUUUGCCUUAUUGUGGGGAACAUGAUUGGUUCGGGAAUCUUUGUCUCCCCCAAAGGUGUGCUCAUGUACAGUGCCUCCUUUGGCCUCUCCCUGGUCAUCUGGGCUGUUGGGGGCCUCUUCUCUGUCUUUGGGGCCCUUUGUUAUGCGGAACUGGGCACCACCAUUAAGAAAUCUGGGGCCAGCUACGCCUACAUUCUGGAAGCCUUUGGGGGACUGCUUGCCUUCAUCCGCCUCUGGACCUCCCUGCUCAUCAUUGAGCCCACCGGCCAGGCCAUCAUUGCCAUCACCUUUGCCAACUACAUGGUGCAACCUCUCUUCCCCAGCUGCAGUGCUCCCUAUGUCGCUGGCCGCCUGCUGGCGGCUGCCUGCAUCUGUCUCUUAACCUUCGUUAACUGUGCCUAUGUCAAGUGGGGAACCCUGGUACAAGAUAUUUUCACCUAUGCUAAAGUAUCAGCACUGAUUGCGGUCAUCAUUGCAGGCAUUGUUAAACUUGGCCAGGGAGCCACGACUAACUUGGAGAAUUCCUUUGAGGGUUCAUCAUUUGUAAUGGGUGACAUUGCCCUGGCACUGUACUCAGCUCUGUUCUCCUACUCAGGCUGGGAUACCCUCAACUAUGUCACUGAAGAGCUCAAGAAUCCUGAGAGGAAUCUGCCCCUCUCCAUUGGCAUUUCCAUGCCUCUUGUCACCAUCAUCUACAUCUUGACCAAUGUGGCCUAUUACACGGUGCUAGAUAUGAGAGACAUCUUGGCCAGUGAUGCUGUUGCCGUGACUUUUGCAGACCAGAUUUUUGGAAUAUUUAACUGGACAAUCCCACUGGCAGUUGCCUUAUCCUGUUUUGGUGGCCUCAAUGCCUCCAUUGUGGCCGCUUCUCGGCUUUUCUUUGUGGGCUCCAGAGAAGGCCAUCUCCCUGAUGCCAUCUGCAUGAUUCAUGUUGAGCGGUUCACGCCAGUGCCUUCUCUGCUUUUCAACGGUAUCAUGGCACUGAUCUACUUGUGUGUAGAGGACAUCUUCCAGCUCAUUAACUACUACAGCUUCAGCUACUGGUUCUUUGUGGGACUUUCUAUUGUGGGUCAGCUCUAUCUACGCUGGAAGGAGCCUGAUCGACCUCGUCCCCUCAAGCUCAGCAUUUUCUUCCCCAUUGUCUUCUGCCUCUGUACCGUCUUCCUGGUGGCUGUUCCACUUUACAGUGAUACAAUCAACUCCCUCAUCGGCAUUGGCAUUGCCCUCUCAGGCUUGCCCUUUUACUUUCUUAUUAUCAGAGUGCCAGAAGACAAACGACCUCUUUGCCUCCGAAGAACUUUGGCAUCUGCCACAUGGUACCUCCAGGUCCUGUGUAUGUCAGUUGCUGCAGAAAUGGAUUUGGAAGAUGCAGAAAUACCCAAGCAACAAGAUCCUAAAUCUAACUAAAUACUACCUGGAAUCCUGAGAUGUGAAAAGCAGGGGCUGAAGCCAAGGGAGCUGAGAAGUACAGCUCACUUCUUUGGAGGCGACAUUCAGGAGUCUGGUCUAGGCAGCUUCAACCUUUGAACUUGCAUUUUAGAGAUGACAAAAUAAUUUAUUUGUUUUGCUACGUAUUGUUCCAGACUUUGUAAAUGGAUGGUAAAGCAGACUGUAGUGUGGCACUGUUGUUCCAGUAGCACCUCUGGGUGUGACUACCUACUUCUCUUUUCCUUUAAAAGGGCCAACAAUGCUCCAACCUUGUCUCCCUUUAGAGAGAUAUGAAACGGUCACAGGUGCUGAACAAUAAUAAAAGGGUUAUGUUCCUAAAA